ACCAUCGCACAAACAAAGAUGUCGGCCAAGAAAAUGAACUUCCUCGUCGUAUUUUUGUCCACUUUACUUGCUUUUUCAGCUGCUUUACGGUAUGGUUCGAAGUCAAGAACAUUACAUUUUUCUUCAGUAAGGACUGAGGAUAGGUAUGGCAAAGGAUUUUACGAAAUUUCUCGCUCAAAACGGGAGAAUGUAUAUUUUUCCUCCAGAAAUCGGAGAUCUGCUGGCGCUGCAGAUCAACUCAAUAUUACGACAACAUUCAACUUAAAUGAUUCACAUUUCCAACUUAUAGUCCACUGGGCCGGUGAAGGGAGUAAUGUAAUAAUUGCUCUUGCGAAGGACUUCUUCACCAGAUCAACAUCUAAUAGCACUGUAUACAUUUCUAAUGACUAUGGAAAGUCAUUUAAUACAGUCCCAAAUAACAAGUUUAGGAUGGCAGUCAGUGGUCAUGCUAUCAUAGAGAAGUUUUACAAUAGUCCAGUGAGGAACAGCCACUAUGUCUUCACAGAUGUACUGCACAACUACAUCUUUACCUCUACAAAUUAUGGGAGAACGUUCAGGGGAUAUCAUGUCCCAUUUAGACCCAAGACUAUUUCCAUGCACCCGACUGAUGCAUCAAUCAUACUGGGAUUGGAUGAUGAGUCAAGCACUAAAAGGUUGUAUGUGUCAAGAAACUUUGGGUUCAGUUGGCAAUCCAUUCAAGUUAAUGUCAAGUCAUUCUUCUGGGGAGUUGUUCCUUAUGACAGUGUAAAUACCAUUUACGUCGAGCGUAGAGAGCAAAGAUCCAGCAAAUCAGAUGUUGUGAAAAGUAGCAAUUUCUUCACUACAACCACGGCUGUUCUGUCUCAAGUUGAAGAUUUUGAGGUCAAAGGAAAUUAUUUGUUUGCUACAAGGAAUAUAAGUUUCUUGGGAUGGUUGAGUUUUCAUAGAAGGUCCUCAUUACAACUUUGGGUGUCUCACAAUCAUACAGAGUGGCAUCGAGCUGUUUUCCCUGGAAGACUCAAGGAAAAUGAUUACUACAUAGCAGAUGCUUCAGAGGAUCAGGUUUUUGUUGUUGUUAACCAUGCUAGCAAUAACUCAAAAUUAUAUAUCUCUCAAGCUAAAGGAAAGGACUUCACGCUAUCAUUAGAGAGAAUAUUCUACUACAAUCCACACAAGAAUAAUGACUCUUGGCUCUCGUACUUUGCUGAAGAACCGUUUGCUGAUAUACACAAAGUAGAGGGAUUGGAAGGCAUCUUUAUAGCAUCACAAGUGGAUGGGAAUUAUAGCAGUACCACAGGAGACUUUGUGAAUGUCACCACUGUUAUAACAUAUGAUAAAGGAGCACUAUGGCAGAAACUCUCUGCACCAAGAUUAGAUAGUAAUAAACAACCAAAACAUUGUCAUUCGUGGCACGGUUGCAGCUUACAUCUCAGUCAAAAACUACAGCAGUUUUACCCACGAACACGAACUAUACCCAUUCUCUCCAAGAAGUCUGCAGUUGGUCUUAUAAUGGCUACAGGUACAACUAACACAACGAUAUCUAAGAAAACUGAGUUUGAUGUGUAUCUAUCUAAUGAUGGCGGCUACAGAUGGAAUGAGGUAUUGAAAGGCCAGUAUUUCUAUGCAUUUGGUGACCAUGGAGGAGUUAUAGUGGCAGCAAAACAGAAUGGGUCUACAAACGAAAUAAGAUAUUCAUUAAAUGAGGGAGAGACAUGGACAUCUUAUGUAUUCAGCCCCUACAAGAUCCACAUUUACGGUCUAUUAACAGAACCUGGGGAGAAAACAACUAUCUUCACAUUGUUUGGGUCCAAUCCAUCCAGACACAGCUGGCUUGUAGUGACCAUCAAUCUACAGCAAGUACUGGGCACCCAAUGUGUAGCUGAUGAUUACAAAGACUGGUCUCCCGGGGAUGCCUAUGCAGGUGUAUACAGUUCCUGUCUCCUUGGAGAGAAAGUCACAUAUGAAAGACGACGUACUCAUUCUCUUUGCUACAAUGGACGUGACUAUGAUCGGGAGAUCUCUACCUCACCAUGCCCAUGUUCUAGGGUUGAUUUUGAAUGUGACUUUUGCUUCAAGCUGAAACAAGAAUGGAGCUCUGAGUGUGUAAAGGAUAAUGAUGAAUGUGGAACUAUAGACACACAUGCUAUACCAGGCUACUGUCAUGAGGGAGCCUAUUAUAACAGGACCAGAGGAUACCGCAAAGUGUCAGGUGAUAAAUGUCAAGGUGGCGAGGAACAUAGAUAUAACCCAGAUAUUCUGUCUUGUCCAGUAGCAGAAAGGGAAGAGUUCCUACUGUACACCACCCGUACUGCCAUCUAUGAGACCAUAUUUGGUAACAACAGGACAAUGCUAUUACAGGGGGGUCUUAGUCGGACUAUUGCUGUUGAGUUUGAUUACAAACUUAACUGUCUCUAUUGGGCAGAUUCUCACUAUGAUAACAUAAGUAGAAAGUGCCUGGAUGGGAAUGGUGCUGCAGAGACUUUGGUAGCAGGGGAAAUAACUUCAAUUGAAGGUCUGGCCCUGGAUUGGAUGAGUGGAAAUAUAUACUGGGUGGAUGGGGGCAAGAGGAAGAUUGAAAUGUCAAGACUUGAUGGAAGAUUCCGGCGUAAAGUCUGGCAGUCUUCUAUCAUCACAGAUAAACCAAGGGCCAUAGUAUUGGAUCCAGUACAUGGGUAUUUUUUCUGGACAGACUGGUCAGUCAUUAAUCCAAGAAUCUCCAAGGCUUGGCUCGAUGGAACCAACAACAGAACGAUUGUCUCGGGGAAGCAAAAUGUUUAUUGGCCCAAUGGUAUUACUAUAGACUUCCAGUCAGAGAAAAUAUGGUGGACAGAUGCACACUUAGACAGAAUUAUGAGUAGCGAUUAUAACGGACAGAAUAGGGUUAUUCUCGUCAGUGGUAGCUAUAAUGUUCCACAUCCGUAUUCCAUUUCUGUUUAUAAGGAUUCUGUAUACUGGACUGAUUGGAACAAGGCAGCUAUUAUGACAUCUAAUAAGUAUGUUGGCCAUGUGGAGUACUUCAAACGAGGACUGAGGGGUAUCAUGGACAUGAAGAUAAUGCAUAGAGCGACUCAACAAGGGAGUAACAUCUGUUCGACAAGGAACAAUGGAGACUGUACACAUCUAUGUGUAGGUCAGCCCCAAACAUUUAAUCCUCAUGGGAAAAAUAGGACAUGUCUCUGCCCUGAUGCACUUCAAAAGGGCAAGGCAGCUGACAUGCAUUCAGAGCAAUGUUUAUGUCCAGCAGGUCAGCAAUUUGGUGAAAAUGGAGACUGCAUAGAGAAUUCCAGUAAUGGGACAUGUAGUCCAACCCAAUUUGCCUGCUUCAAUGGCUCCCAGUGUAUUCCGCUCACCUGGAAAUGUGACCAUGAUGGUGACUGUUCAGAUAGGAGUGAUGAGUUGAACUGCCCAUAUAAUUCAUGCCAGCCAGAACAGUUUCGUUGCGAAGAUUCAGGUCGCUGUCUUCCCUCAAGAUGGAAAUGUGAUCACGACAAUGACUGUGCUGAUGGAUCAGAUGAGAGAGGAUGUGAUCAUGUGUACCCCACAUGCAAUGUAAAUCAGUUUACAUGUAACAAUUCACGAUGUAUUCCUCAACGAUGGUUAUGUGAUGGAGAUGACGAUUGCCAUGACUUUUCUGAUGAAAUGAAUUGCAACAUCUCUACCACUCCUACUGCCGCACCACAAACAUGUGCUGCAAACCAAUUUACCUGUAAACAUAGUCGGCGUACUUGCGUUCCCAUUGCCUGGAAAUGUGAUGGGGAUUCAGAUUGCGAUGAUGGAAGUGAUGAAAAAGGGUGCACCAACCGAACAUGUGCUGAUUAUCAGUUCGAGUGUCAUAACCAGAGGUGUAUUCCCAAAAGAUGGCAGUGUGAUGGAGCAGAUGACUGCCAUGAUAAGUCCGAUGAAAGUGGUUGCACUACAGUUGUUCCAAAUAUGACAACCACACCAUCGUUAAGCUACUGUACAUUGUUUCAUUUCCGCUGUCGCAACCGAAACUGUGUUUGGUGGAAACAGAAAUGUGACGGGAUCAAUGACUGUGGAGAUUUCUCAGAUGAAGAAGGCUGCAGUGUAGGUACAACUGUGAUACCAUGUACCCGUUGGCAAUUUACUUGCGGCAAUGGACAAUGCGUACCAAUCUAUGAGAAAUGUGACGGUGUCGAGAACUGUGAAGAUAGCAGUGAUGAAACUAAUUGUGGAUCAGUAACAACAGUUGCACCUGUAGGGACAUGUAGUCCAUAUGACUUCAACUGCUACAACAGCUCAUAUACACAUUGCAUCUAUCAAUCGUGGGUGUGUGAUGGAACACCAGAUUGUCACAAUGGAGAAGAUGAACUUGACUGUGAUGAAACAGAGGACUGCGCUUCCCCUAACUUUAAGUGCGAGGAAAGUGAUGGAUGUAUCCCUGGAAGUUGGGUAUGUGAUGGAGCUCCAGAUUGUUCCGAUGGCUCUGAUGAGCGAAUGUGUGGAGGUAACCCAAUUACGACUGAAGUUCCCAUCCAGAACUCCUCAUAUGUUCCAACCAUCUGUCGAUAUGAUGAGUUCACGUGUCAUUCUUCCAGUCAGUGUGUGGAACUGUCCUCUGUAUGUGAUGGCUAUUCUGACUGCUUUGAUAACUCCGAUGAGAAUCUACCCAGAUGCCGUGAUAACCUCAAAGUGAGAAUGUUAUCCUAUGAUAAAUAUCAUGUAGAGGCGAACAACUUCACAAUAACCUGGAUGAAACCAUUGAACAUGAGGAGUAGCCAGAAUCUCUACUCUUAUCGUAUUCAAAAGAGCUUCCAUGAUGAAAAUGGAAAUCAUGAGUCGAAUUACACUAUUGGAAACAUCAAAUACACUAGUAAUAGAACCUCAUAUAUGCUGAAAAAUCUGAAACCUGGAACACGGUAUCAAGUCACCGUUAGUGUUGUCUUCAAUCAUACUAUUGUCUUCGAUAGUGUCGGACCAGUAAUUGUGAAAACAAAAGAAGGAGUUCCCUCUAAGCCCAGACAUGUAGUGGCUCAUGUUACUGGAGACCAAGUGGCAGUGGACAAUGUUGAUAUGAGUGUGCUUGUCUCCUGGCAACCACCAGCAAAGCCCAAUGGCUUUAUUAACCAAUAUAAGGUAUAUUAUUCUGCUAAUGAUACUGGAGCGCCUAUUUUGAUGCUAUACACUACUAGUCUUAGUACUAUAAUAUCUAACCUGGAUUGGAAAAAGAAGUACAUAAUAUAUGUCUCAGCUUUAACCAGUCAGGGUGAGGGUGAAAAAUCAGAUGAUGUCACCGUGGGGGCAACGCCUCUUGGGAUUCCAUCUCUUGAGUCAGAUGAAAUAAAGUCCACAUAUAUCCAUAUCAAGUGGAAACCUGUUCCAAAUGCAGUUGGUUACAAAAUAAGCUACUCCUCUAAUGAACCAGGCGUAACAUGUACAAUAGAAAAUGAUAUAAAUAAGGUUGAAGCAAAUUUAACUGGUCUAGUACAAGGUGUGACGUAUCAAGUUGUCGUGAGAGCCUAUGAUAAACUUGAAACAGGACCUGCUCUAUAUAUGAAUUAUAAAACAAAUGGAACCAAGAUGCCAAUGAUAACAAAUGUAACAGUGGCAAGUAUUGGGAAGACAGAAUUCAAUGUUUCUUGGCCUGUACCAAAUGGAGUACCAGCUGAUGUUGAAUACACGGUCUACUACACAGAUGAAGAACUUGAUGACUGUGACAUUGAAAAGAAAGCUCUGAAGAAGACUGUGAAACGUUUCAAUGAUGCCAUCAUAUCAAGUGGUUUACAUGCAUGCUCCGACUAUUUCAUUUUAGUUCAGAUUACUAAGCCAAAAGGUCCUAUGCCCUUCAAUUACAAAGUAGCUGGUGUCACAGCCCAAGAUUUGAUAGCCCCAGUAAAGGAUGUUAAAGUUGUGAUAACCAAUGAUAUUACCUCUGUGAUUGUCUACUGGAAUGUUUCAUGUGAGACUGGUUUCCGAAGACCAAUGGCCUAUGUUAUGUCAUUCACCAACUUGGAAAAAUUGAAAAAUGGGGCUCUCACUACACAACCAUCCAACAAGACCCAUUGGAGCUACACAGUUAGAAAUUUGAUACCAAAUACUAGAUAUAGACUGAGUAUCCAUGCAGAUGUAAAAGGAGCAAAAUACACCAAACCUAUUGUGUUUUCAACUAAUCAGUACCAGGCUCCAGUUGGAUUCAAAGGGGAACAUCUCCAGGAUGGAAAUUUAUAUUUUGAUUGGGAAAAUUUAGAGGGAGUCCCAGAAAAAAAUGCACAAUACCAGUUGUGCAUAGCAAAUACUACAAAUCCGAGUGAUACAUUCCGAGAUUUAAACUUCACAGAUUGUAGAGAUACUACCUCUAGUAGUAAAACAGUUAAAGAUCUGAUAUAUGGCCACAUCUAUUUUUUCAAAGUGCGUUAUGUUGGCCACACCAGUGCAGGCCAACCUGAGUAUGGAGCAUGGUCAAAUACAUGGAAGGAACCGUGGUGGAAGGCAGUACCAUCAGCUCCUCAGAAUAGUAACAUAAGCAAGAGUGUAUGGAUACCAGCAGUCGCAGCAGUCGGAGGCAUCGUCAUUGUUGCCUUAAUAGUUGUAGUAAUUGUAUUUGUUGUGCGACACCAUCGCUUACAGAGAAGUUUCUUGUCAUUUGCUAACAGCCAUUAUGACACCAGGACGGGUGCAACAACAUUCAGCAGUGGUGAUGACUGGGCUGAAGAAGAAGAACCAAUGAUUCGAGGAUUUUCUGAUGACGAACCACUUGUUAUUGCCUAAUUGGUCAAUUAUUGUGACGUCAUCACAUCGACUAAAUAUAAUGCUUGCUACUAAUCAGCCAUAGAGGGACACCAAUUUAUGAAGUCAAUUCAAAAAUAUAUUUUAAUGAAGGAAUAUAAUAAAUAGGUGUUAAACUGUAAAAAGUACCAAUUUAAAACAGUUUGCACUGAAUGAAAAAAAAUUAUUGAACUCGCUUACAUUUUUUUGCUUGAGUGAGAUACAAGAAAACUGUCGAAUUUGGUUUGAAUUUUGAAAAAACAUGUAGAUACUUCUUUAUACAUAUGUGUUGUACGUAUUUUUAACUCAUAUUGCCAAUUUUUCAAUAUGUAUUUGUUUUUUGUACAAAUGGAGGGAUAAUAUCUUGUAUUUUUAGUUUACACAUAUUUUGAUUUAUUUGAAAACAUGCUUUGUAGCCAAAGUUUGGGAUUUGUCAAAUUAACUUGAGUAGGAAGCCAAAAUGGUAAAACAAUUUGCUUCAAAUAUUAGGCAGUUAUUGUUUUCAAAUAAAGAGUACCAUACAUGUGUAAAUUUAAUGCAUUUACACAUCUGUUUUAUCUUUCACAGCUGUUUUAUAUUUUCACAGCUGUCAUAUCCAAUGCUGUACAUUUUAACAGCUGUCUCACAGAUCGCUUCUGUGAUUAAAUAAGAAGAAAUCUUUUGCCUGUAUAUUUGGUAUUGAUUAUAUAUAUAAGAAAUGUGGAUGAAAAUAUUAAAUAAAUAUAUGUGUAUAUUGUCUCAAAUACCCCAUAUAUAUACAGUGAAUCAAAUAUAUUCCUGUGUCAAGUCUCGGGUUGUGUUUUUCCAACUUUGUGCUUGAGCGAGAGAACAGGAUUAGCUGUCAUGGUAACAGCUUAUGUGUAUGUGUUGCCAUGCGUGGCAAUACAAGAGCACCAUAUAAAAUGAAAAUUAUCCAAGAAUUAAUAGUAUUUUUUAUAAUAUAAUGCUUGUUAAAAUUGGCUUUUUUCCUGUAUUAUUCAGAUACAUACCAAAUAUGCUGAAAUAGUGUAUUUGUUUCAAGCAUUUGACUUAUAAAACUCUUUGGAACCUAAUGAAACAUGUAUUAAGAUACUUGAAUUUCUGUAGACAAGUCAAGGUGAAGCCUUGAUGCUCUUAUUCCAAUCAAAGGGGCUUAGAAAUUUGAAUCUGAAAUUCAUGUACAUAUAAAUUGUGGACAUGUUUCAACUUUUAUACUAACCUUUUUCUAAUGAGAAUAAUGGGGUUUAAUAUUUUCUGAGACUGUUAGUACUAAGGUUAUUAUGAGUCCAUUAACAUUCUGCUUUAGAUAAUACGCUCAAUAUGACAUUUUAUACU